CCCUGUUCGCGGCUGCACCGGAACCUGGAAGAGCUCCGUCUGUAGUUGGUGUUUCUAGUUCUGGUUCGAGAUGUUUUUCUGGACGCAGAGCGGCUCCGAGCAGCUCCACGGAACCAUGUCGAAGAGCGACAUCCUGCGAGGAAUCAUCACCGACAAACUGAGCACCGCGGCCCGGGAAAUCCUGGCGGUGGUGGAGCGAACCGUGGCCGACUACGAGGAGGAGGCUUCGGGCUUCAGGCGGGAGAUCGACCGGCAGCGGAGACAGCUGGAGCUGCUGCAGCCUCAGGUCCAGCUGGAGAGGAGAGAUCUGCAGCGUGACGUGGACGGCCAUGAGCUGGAGGUCAUCGGUGACGGUAAAGAGGAGCAGCAGGUGAGUCCAGGUGAUCAGGACUCUGGGAGCUUCCUCUGGUACAACAACAGCGAUGAUGAAGAUGAAGAGGGGCGACGAGCAGCCAGAUCCAUACAGCAACUAGAAGAUCUGAAGGACCCAGAUUACCAAACUCCAUCCAGGUCGUUGUCGCCCAGAGUCCGGUCUGUCAGGAAGAAGCCCGGCAGACCUCGACUCAGCGACACUCAGAACCACCUGGAUCUGAAGGUCCGAAUCCUGGAGGCGUCUCAGAGCGACAUGCUGUCCAACACCGCAUUUAGGAAGUACCCAGUUCAGGAGCUCCAGUGUCCUCGAGGUCUUCAGGAGGAGGACUUCCUGGUCCUGCUGAGGUCCACCUUCCCCCAGCUGGCUGGAGAACAACCUUUUGAUGUUUUCAUGACCGACAGAAGCAGGAGACUUCAGCCUCUGAAUGUGGAGACUCUGACUCCAGAGGAGAUCUGCCGGGUCAUCGGGUCUGCUGGGAACUCUGCCCUCUACAUCCGGCUGAAGACAGCAGAGGAUCCUGGGAGCUGCAGUGAAAACCUUCAUCCUCCACAGGAACCAGAAGACGAUGGCAGAUCCAGCACAACGUCGACCGAUCAAACCGGAACAGCACCAAGUGGACAGUCUGACAGGAGGAAGCGGGGAAGACCUCGACUCGGCGAAGAACCAACUCACCACUUCCUCAGGAUCUGCAUGCUGGACGACCCUGAAACCAACGAAGUCUCAGAAUCAGUGUUGCUGAGGUCGUCCAUAAAGGACUUGAAGUGUCCUCGUGGGCUACAGGAGGCCGACUUCUUGGACCUGCUGAGGUCCACCUUCCCUCAGCUGACCGGAGACAACAAACCGUUCAACGUCUUCAAGGUCGACCGAAGCAAGAAGCUGCAGAGGCUCAUCGUGAACAGCCUGACGCCGGACGAGAUCUAUCGGACCAUGAGAUCCACCGGGAUCAGGAAGACUGUCCUCUACAUCAGGAUGAAGUCAGGAGAGGAGAAAGAGGAACCAAACGACGAACCUCUGCCCAUCGAUGCUGUGGUGAUGAAGUCUGACAGAGCCGAGCUUCAUACAAGCAGCUUUGUUCAACACGUGGAUGGAACCAGAGUGGACGCCGUGACCUCAACAUCACAACAACAUGACCUGGAAAUCAAAGAAGAUGCAGCUGAGGCUGAAGUGGACUCCAGCAUGGACAAAGACUGUGAAGAGGAGUUCCAGGGAGACGAUGAGUAUAACCCAGAUUCUGAGCUUCGGCUGCCAAAGUCGUCGAAGAAGCGAAUGCCCAAAACCGGCUUCUCUAAGGUCAUAGAGAUCCACAGUAAGAAGAGUAAGAACCCGUGUAGAGUGUGUGGAAUCUGGUACCGGAACCAGGGCAACCUGAUCAGACACGCCUGGAGUCACAUGGACGAGUCAGAGGUUGUCUGUGGAGUGUGUGGAGAUCGACUGGAGUCUGAGGAAGACUUAAAGGGACAUCUUAGAAAUCAUCAAAAAACAUUCGACUGUUCGCAGUGUGGGAAACCUUUCUUCACCCUCCACAGCCUCAGCCGCCACAGCUCCAUGCACAGCGGACACCGACCGUUUAAAUGCGAUGUCUGCAACAAGUCUUUCACCCACAUGUCCAUCCUGACCACCCACCGCUGGGUCCACGUGGCCGAUAAACCGCACAAAUGCGACGUUUGCCAGAAAUCUUUCGGUCUGAAGGCACAGCUCAGAGCUCACUGCAAAUUGCACACCGGCAGAGACAAGUACAUCUGCAACAUCUGCAGUUUGUCUCUGUAUGACCUCCGGUCUUUGAACCGACACAAGCUGACCCAUUCAGGGGAGCGGCGCUACGGCUGCGAGGUCUGCGGGAAGCGUUUCAAACUGUCCGGCACUCUGAAGUCCCACGAGAAGACCCACACGGUCAGAGAGCGACCGUUCCUCUGCCACAUCUGCUGCAAGACGUUCCUGUCCAACUCCAGCCUGACGCUCCACGUUAGGACACACACCAACGAGAAGCCGUUUGUCUGCAUUGUCUGCAGCAAAGCCUUCGUGGCCAACGGCGAGCUCAAGGCCCACAUGCGAGUUCACACCGGCGAGGCGCCGUACGGCUGCUCCGAGUGCGGACGCUUCUUCAAGCGUAAGAACACCCUGAACUGCCACGUCAGGAGCCACCUGGGCAUCAAACGCUUCAUCUGCGGGGUUUGUGGGAAGGCGUGUUCUCGGCAGGAACACCUGACUGUCCAUAUGAGGACCCACAACGGAGAGCGACCGUACCAGUGCAGCGUCUGCGACAAGGCCUUCACCCAGAGCCACUGUCUGAAGACCCACAUGAAGAGCCACCAGGCCGAGGAGAACCCCAUCCUCCAUCCAUCCACCUCCUGAAGCAUCUCACUAACCCAAAACCCAAUGACAGAUCAAUAAAACUCUCCACGUCCAGACCUUUAUGAGACAAAUGUGGCCUUUAUAGUCUCUGUGUAGCUUGUGUCCAGCUCAUGUUCAGCUAACUGUUGCAAACAUAAAUCUUUGCUGAAGUCCAGAAGCUGAUGUAGUUUUGUUGGAAUGAACCGGUAGCUUCUGAUUUGGCUCUGGGCCUUAAUCCGUUGGACACACUUUACAUCCUAAUUCACAUCCCUUCUUCUCGGUUGAGUUACUCUUGAAGUAUUUUUUGCUUCACUGUGGAACAAAUAUCAAGUGAAACCUCAUAAAUCGACCUUUCCAGUGGUGCCAGUCACUGAAGAGUUGAAAAGAAAAAUGUUUUUGAGUAGUUUAUAUGUCGACAUGGAGGCUAGAUGGAGAGUUGUAUACCAAAUACAACUCUUCAUCUAGCAUCCGUCUCUACAUUUUCAAACUCCUGCCUCUCGGCUGCACAAGUCUCCAAGUCGGUGUUGUACCACAGGACCUAAAAAAUUAACCGCAGAACUCACCUUUUCCGAUGCUAUUAGUGGGUUUUUUUUGCAUUGCUUGCAAUCCAUUAUAUCAUUUUGUCAGAUUACACCCACCUUAAGUAUUGUAUAUCCGCUGUAGUACCUCAUUAAACCACCAGGUGGAGCUUGGUACUGUUUAAUGCAGUGGAGACCAGAGAAGGCAUCAUUUAGACUACAGGAAGUUCAUGUUGUCAAGCAGAGAGCAUUGUGGGGGUUUAGCCAGUAAAGGGGCACCAUGACAAAGACCUCUGUGAUGUUUAAUGACCUCCAUCUGUAGCUCAUGUUGAAAAACGAGUAACAGUGACCACCCUGUAGUCAUAUCAAAUGACCACAGGGCUCCAUUUAUGUUAGAAGUUUGUCGGUUAAUGAAGAAAAUGCUGCAUGUAUUAAAAACGUCAUUCAGAUUCAUGACAUUUGUGACAGUGGACGUAAACAAAGGACUGAGCUGUAGUUUAAUAAGUUAAAAAGUGCCUUCAUCAGUCCUGAUCCCAGUCUGAAGAUCAAGAUAUAAAACACCCACCCCUCGACAAAGAUGUUGGUGAGUUUUGUUCUGACAUGACUGAAAUAAACGACACUUUGUGAAAAAUGUAAAA